UCCGAUUGUGUCAUACCAGAAAGUUGGAGGAAAAGUUUCGUUCCUGCCGUCUCUUGGUUUGUGAGGAGUGUUGUUUUCCGGAAUAUUUCUAAUAAAAAUGAAUUAACUGCGGCUAGUAAGGUGUUGCAAAAGGUUAUCAACUGUGUGGUUUAUAAGCUAUUCUCAGCGACUGAGUACGCACAGCACAGCAUAGCUCGUUGGGUACACGAGGGGCCAGUAAGGUGGUCCACCAUCGGAGCAGGAAGGAAGUAGAAGCGGAAAAUGAUAGGCGGGCUGUUUGUUUAUAAUCACAAAGGGGAAGUGUUGAUCUCCCGCGUGUACCGAGAUGACAUUGGUCGGAAUGCGGUGGAUGCUUUCCGAGUGAACGUUAUUCACGCUCGGCAGCAGGUCCGCUCGCCGGUGACUAACAUUGCGAGAACUAGUUUCUUUCAUAUCAAGAGAGCUAACAUUUGGUUAGCCGCGGUCACCAAGCAAAAUGUUAACGCCGCCAUGGUGUUUGAGUUUUUGCUCAAAAUUAUUGAUGUUAUGCAAUCGUACUUUGGCAAAAUCUCGGAGGAAAACAUUAAAAACAACUUCGUGCUGAUCUAUGAACUGUUGGAUGAAAUUUUGGACUUUGGAUAUCCGCAAAAUACGGAUACUGGUGUCCUAAAGACAUUCAUCACCCAGCAAGGAAUAAAGACUGCGACAAAAGAGGAACAAGCCCAAAUUACCUCCCAAGUUACCGGUCAAAUCGGAUGGCGUCGGGAAGGUAUCAAAUAUCGCCGUAACGAACUGUUCCUGGAUGUGCUGGAGUACGUUAAUUUGCUGAUGAGUCCGCAAGGUCAGGUCCUGUCCGCUCACGUAGCCGGAAAAGUUGUCAUGAAGUCGUAUCUCUCAGGAAUGCCCGAAUGUAAAUUCGGCAUCAACGAUAAGAUCGUGAUGGAGGCUAAGGGUCGUAGUGGCAUAUCUGGAAAUGCGGAUAAUGAAGUUUCUCGUUCGGGUAAGCCUGUUGUGGUGAUCGACGAUUGCCAGUUCCAUCAAUGCGUCAAGUUGAGUAAAUUCGAAACGGAGCACUCGAUUAGUUUUAUCCCGCCGGAUGGUGAGUUCGAACUGAUGCGCUACCGAACAACCAAGGAUAUUUCGUUGCCAUUCCGUGUGAUUCCGCUGGUGCGCGAGGUUGGCCGCACGAAAAUGGAGGUGAAGGUGGUGCUCAAAUCGAAUUUCAAACCGUCUCUGCUGGGACAGAAGAUUGAGGUGAAAAUCCCGACGCCGCUGAACACAUCUGGAGUGCAGUUGAUCUGUCUGAAGGGCAAAGCCAAGUAUAAGGCAUCGGAGAAUGCAAUCGUGUGGAAAAUCAAACGAAUGGCUGGAAUGAAGGAAACUCAACUGUCCGCAGAAAUCGAACUGCUGGAAACUGAUACGAAGAAGAAAUGGACACGGCCGCCCAUUUCGAUGAACUUUGAGGUUCCGUUUGCACCGUCCGGGUUCAAGGUGCGUUAUCUAAAGGUGUUCGAACCCAAACUGAACUACUCUGAUCACGAUGUAAUCAAAUGGGUGCGUUACAUUGGCCGAAGCGGACUGUACGAGACGCGGUGCUAAGUACCGUGAAACUACAAACAUCAACAAUGCUACACAAAACUGACUCGAUAUUCGCAUUAUUCUAUUAGGAAGGAGGGAUAGACGAGGACGAGAAGGAAGAGUAAUGACAGGUUGAUUGAGACACUGAAAAAACUACUUCUGCAUUGUAGAUCUCGGUCUUAUUUUUUCGCACCGUACAAAACGGAAGUCGAUAUUUAGAGAAACAAAGAAUAAUAUCAGUAAAUAGACGGGCAAAACAGUUGCAUUAAUUGUGGAAAUAAUGAACGUGGAAUACAUAAAAAAAUAUUAAAGCAAAAAUUGAACCUCCACCCAAAGUUAAUGUCUUUACAGAAACGAACAACUCCUUAAUCUCGGUUCAAGAACAUUGUAUUACAAAUUUAACUAAUAUAUUAAUACGCGUAGCUCAUCUUAAACAAAACAAACAAGAAAAAAAACGAUUUAGUAUAAUAGACAUUAUUGGAAUGAUAAUAAUAUAGGCUAUUGUAGUGAAAUGCGAUAAUACAUUAUAGAUCACAAGUUCGCUUACGUUCAGGUUUUGCUGUUUUGCAACAUGUAGAAUCUCGAAUUCGCUGGAAUUUUACGUUCUCAUAGUUAACCAUGUUUCUUUGUUGUGUAAAUACGGUGAAACUGCUCUUCAUUGAUCGUUGACCAUAUUUUCAAGCUUUAGCCAUUCCAUUUAGCUUUUUAUUUCGACUAUGAAUUGAGGAUGAUUCGAUUAAACUAUGAAACGGCGAAACGAUCAAGUUCAAUGAAUUGUACAAACAGCAAAUAAAAAAUAACAGAAAACAAGUAUCGUUACUCCCACAGGCCAUAUAACCGUUUAGAUAUGUUUUCACCGGGCAACACAUCCUGCAUUAAGAACUAUCGAUCGUAUUUGUCUACACGAGAGGGGAAAUAUUAAAAAAAAUAACAAGCGCUACACCGCUAUUCGAAACGAAUUGUUAAAGUACGACUAUCGGCAGAUGAUGACGCAUGCGAACAUCAUUACCUUCGAUCAAUCACAUUGUUAUGUAAUUACGCAUUGAAUUCACGCUAAAAUCGUCGCAAAAUUAAGCCAAAUGCAAAUGGAAAAAUGUGCAAAUUUAACUAUGUACAAUUCGACUUAUAUGAAAAUCCUUCUAAUGAUUCUGCAAGAUGAUAGUAGUAAACCAUUGCGAUAGAUUUUAGGAGCAACUGAGACAAAGACAUCGCAUUCUCAUGGAACCAAUACAUUGGACGGCAUGACGUCGGAACAGUAUGCUAAAAAAACAUCUUUCAUAAUAUGUACUAUGAAUUAAAUACGCGCUAGAGCUAUAACUAUACAAGCCGAAAUAUGACACAGAUAUAUACAGUGGAAUAAACUCAUGAACAUAGUUGUUGAAAAA